AUGAGGAGCAGAAUGAGCUUGUUUGUCGCUGGCAUGGGUCAUCCAUCAAGCAAAGAGAGCAGGGCUGCAAUGUUGAUAGGCGACAUGGACAUAUCAAGGUUGAUGGUUUAUAUGCAGCAGGUUGAAGAGGAGAAGUUGAAUGACAGAGAAGAGUAUAGAAGCAAGAAAGCUAAGAAAAGGAAUGAAUUUGGACUGGCACCACCAGAGUGGAAAGAUUUGAAAGAACAGCUAAAAGAUCUGUUAGAUAAAGUCUUAAUUCGAUCAAGUGUCUCUCCUUGGGGCGCUCCAGUCCUAUCAUGCCUCCACGAAGAAUUGUCAAAGGUCAUCAAGCUAGACGGAAUGUUUAACCACAUGAAGAAGGGGUGUUCUAGUGUUACUGAGGAUCCAAAUAAUUUUGUUGAUGAGCUUCGAAAAGUUUUCGAAAUCAUGCACAUUGCUGAUACCGAGAGGGUGGAACUAAUUGCAUACCAAAUGAAGGGUGCGGCUAGGAUAUGGUUCGACCAAUGGAAGAAGAACCGAGUUGAUGAAGCACCACUUACGAGUUGGGCUUAUUUUGAGGAGGCCUUUUUGGGGCAUUUCUUUCUCAGAGAACCGAGAGAGGCUAACGAGAAAACGUUGAGGGAUAGAGAAGAGUUUAAGAAUAAGAGUGAUAAGACAUCAGGGAAUGAGUCUGGGCAGAAGAAGAAUAAUGUCAAUCGAUCAUCCUUCCAACAGAAACAGAAGGGACUUGCUCUAUCAUCUGCUAGUGCACCUUCACCAAAGAACAAAAUUUGGCAUAAGGGUAGUAGGCCUCCUGCAUUUGCUAAGAGUGGUAAGAACCACUCAUGGGUGUGUCGUGAUGGCUUCAUUGGUUGCUUCAAGUGUGACCAGAAUGGUCAUUUUAUGAUAGAGUGUCUAAAGAACAAGCAGUGUAAUGGUACUGGUGGAAAUAGAGCCCAGUCUUCUUCAGUUGCUCCAGCAGACAAAGUUCCACCUAGAGGGGCUACUUCAGUUACUGGUGGAAGAGAAAACCUCUUAUAUUCUAUCACUAGUCGCCAAGAGCAAGAGAACUUUUCAGAUGUUAUCACUGGUAUGAUCCAAGUCUUUAAAUUUAAUGUUUAUGCUUUGCUAGAUCUAGGAGUGAGUUUUUCCUUUGUAACUCCGUAUGUUGGCAAUGAGUUUUAA